AAGAGUCAGAGUGUUCUAGGCUUAAUGAACCGAUGUAGAACCUUGCAGGGACAGCGUCUCCUGGCUCAGUGGAUAAAGCAGCCUCUGGUGGAUGUCAACCGUAUUGAGGAACGGCAGAAAAUUGUUGAAUUUUUUGUAAUCAACACUGAACUAAGACAGCUGGUGGCUGAGGACCAUCUCAGAAGGAUUCCUGACUUCCAAAGAUUAGCUCGAAAAUUUCAGCAAAGAAAGGCCUCACUUCAAGAUUGCUAUAAAGUUUACCAGGCUCUAGAGAAAUUACCACUGCUGAUGGAGACAUUAGAAAAACAUGGCAGAGAGAACUGUGGUCUUGUAAUGGAGAUAUUUGUUAAUCCAGCAAAAGAGAUCUUGAUGGAUUUUUGUAAAUUUCAAGAAAUGGUGGAAGAAACAAUGGAUCUUCAGCAAGUAGAAAAUCAUGAGUUUGUUAUCAAGCCAGGAUUUGAUGAAGAAUUACAAGCACUUUCCCAAAGAAUCAGUGAUUUAGAGGAUAAGAUUAAAAGUCAGCUUAACAAGGUUGCCAGAGAUUUAGGAAUAGAAGCAAACAAAGUACUUAAGCUGGAGAGCAGUGCUCAAUUAGGAUACUUUUUCAGAGUAACUAGAAAGGAGGAAAAAGCAAUAAGAAAUAACAAAAACUACACAACAAUAGAUACCAAGAAUAGUGGAGUGCGCUUCCACAACAAUGCAGUAAAACAGCUCAAUGAGGAUUAUCUGAAAGCCAAAGAGGAAUACAGUGAACAGCAGAAAAGUAUAGUAGCUGAAAUCAUUUCCAUUGCUGCUGGGUAUUGUGAGACCAUGAUCAUGUUGAAUGAGUUGAUAGCUCAACUGGAUGUGUUGGUCAGUUUUGCUGUUUCAGCAGCAAGUGCUCCAAUACCGUUUGUUUGUCCAAAACUGUUGAACAAAGGCAGUGGAAAAAUUCAGCUGUCUGAUGCUCGUCAUCCGUGUCUGGAAUUACAGGAAGAUAUUUCUUUUAUACCAAAUGACAUCGUAUUUGAAAAAGAUCAACAGAUGUUUCAUAUAAUAACUGGUCCAAAUAUGGGUGGAAAAUCAACUUACAUCAGAUCUGCUGGAGUCAUUGUUCUUCUGGCACAGAUUGGAUCUUUUGUUCCAUGCAGUGAGGCAAAAGUGACCAUUGUGGAUAGCAUUCUGGCUCGUGUUGGUGCAGGUGAUAAUCAAGUGAAAGGGAUUUCAACAUUUAUGGCAGAGAUGUUAGAAACAGCUUCAAUAUUGAAGUCUGCCACAAAAGAUUCUCUCAUCAUUAUUGAUGAACUUGGAAGAGGAACAUCUACAUAUGAUGGUUUUGGGUUGGCAUGGGCAAUAUCUGAACACAUAUCAGCUGAGAUCAAAGGAUUUUGCCUAUUUGCUACACAUUUUCAUGAGUUAACUACUCUUGCUGACAAGAUUCCUGGCGUUAACAACCUGCAUGUAACAGCUUUGACAUCCAAUGACACACUGACACUGCUCUAUCAAGUGAAACAAGGACCAUGUGACCAGAGCUUUGGUAUUCAUGUAGCAGAAUUAGCUCAUUUCCCACUGCAUGUGAUUGAGUUUUCAAAGAAAAAAGCAUCAGAACUGGAGGAUUUCCAAUCAGUUGAUUUGGAAGCUUCUUUGAAAGGAAAUGAUGAGCCAGUCGUGAAAAAAAGGAAAAUGAAAAAGGAGGAAGGUGAAAAAAUCAUCCAAGAAUUCAUGGGUAGUGUGAAGAAGAUGUCAACCUCCGGCAUGUCUGACCAGGACAUUAUUUGCCAUUUGAAAACCCUGAAGCAGCAUGUUCUUGAUCAAAAUAAUGUCUUUGUUGGAGAUGUUCUAGCCAAGAAAAAAUGAAUUUGUCAAUUAUUUGUCCAUAGGGAAUAUUCUGCACAUAUUAAUGUAUUUCCUCUCUGUGUUAACUACAAAUAUAUUUUUCCCCCUUUUGCUAAUAUCAGAAGAUAUAAAUGGAUCCUUCCAUCCGUCUGUAGUCUCACUCUCUCUGUAACAUUUUCAUUUCCAGAUGAUAUCUCUCAAGAUUUUGGAAUGAAACUUUAUAUCAUAACUUCCUGUAACCUAAUUAAGACCUCAACUAAAUUUCAGGUCAAAGGUCAAGAACACAAAUUCCUCUACAUUAUGAAAUGAUACACUUUAGUUUCCAGAUGAUAACUCAGAACGAACUUAGCUUUUGCAAUGAAAUUUAUAUAAUUCCAUUUUAUAAUUGUCAAAGAAGACCCUAUUGAUUUAAAGGUCAAGGUCACAAAUUCACAUGUUGCAUAAAAUGGUUUCCAGAUGGUAUAUUUAGUUUUGGUUUUUUUGGGGGGGGUUUUUUGGGGUUUUUUUUUUUUUUUUUUAGCUUUCGAAAUGAAAGUUAAGAUGUUGCCUCUUUUUCACUUAAGAAAGACCCUUACUUAUUUUUAUUUUAAAAGGUCAAGGUCACAAAUUCAUUUUAUGAAAUGGCACACUUAAAGCUGAACAUGAUGUGUAAGAGGAAUGUGUCCGCUAUAUUCAAUUGGUCUUUCGCUAUAUCUGAGGGCCCCUAUAUAAAGCUGCUCACUUAGUCACUGUUCAGUGCAAUCAAUCGUCAAAUGUGUAGACGGACAUAUGCUAUAAAGGACUUGGUAGCGACACAAAAUAACUGUGUACUUCUUCUAAUACAGGAGAGUAAGAUACCAAAGAAACUUACAGCAGUUGCACAGGUCAGUGCAGAAUACAAACAUAAAUACACGUUACUUCAAUAAAAUCUAAACAACGAUAAUGCAAGGUAACCAGCACGAACACAGGUCACCAUCCCACGCCGAUACCCAUGACAAUAAAGCAGUCAGGUGUAAGGAAUGCGAAGAGUAUACUCCGGUGCUGAUAUCGUAGAUAAUAAUAUCGAAAAUGGCAUAUCCCUACUUACGAAGCAUGUUCAGCUUUAAGUUUCAAGAUGAUAUCUUUAAUAUACCUUAGCUUUUGCAAUGACUUUCAUGUCAUAGCUCCCUAUGACUUGAAGAAAACCCCUGUUCAUUUUGGAGUCUAAAGGUCAAGGUCACAAAUUCAUAAAUUGCAUAAAAUAGUUUCCAGAUGAUAAUUUUAUUUCUCUUUGAGCAUUUAAAAUUAACAUGAUGACUCUUAUUUAUCUAAGACCCUUAUUGAUUUUGAUGUCCAAAUGACAAGUUCACUAAUUCAUAUAUGGUAUAGUAUGGUUUCCAGAUUCACUUUAAGUACUGCCUAUAAUAAAUGCAUGGCCAGCAUUGAGUCUGAGGUAAAAGGGCCAAAUGUCAGGAUCACAAAUUUUCAAAUUGUUAUAAAUUGUUUCUGGCUUACAUAUCAAAAUAGAUUAUGUCCUUAAGUGGGGGACAUAAUUUCUGGAAUUGCCUUGUCUUUUUUCUUGUGUCUAUGUGUGUAUACAUUCUAACUUUCAUGUGUAUGAAUAUGUAUAGUAACAUUCACAGCAGUGUCAUGAUUUUUUGAUAUUUUUUUCCAUACAGAUUGAAAAAUUAAAUGAUUUAUUCAAA